CUAAGAUUUGUUGAACAUUUGAAUUGAAUAUAUUACUUCAAGUGUUCAGACAUUAAAAUUAAUAGGAGUACCUGACAGGCCAUGGAGAUGUUGUCUGAUAACUGUAACAAAGGUAGGCAGUUGCAAAGGACCUUUUCUCCGCCUUAGGAAAUAAGAAACCGCUCUGCUUGGUGCUACUGGCCAAGGGCAGACUGGCCAAGGGCAGAACUUCUCCACGUUUACAAGCUGUUUGCAGCAGCACCAUGAGCACCAACCCGUCCCCCGCUGCAUCCGAGCAGCUCUGCUACCAGAACGUGACCGGAUCCUGCGCGAAAGCCCCCUACUCGCCCGGACCCCGGCUCAUUCUCUACACACUGUUCAGCUUGGGGGCUGUGCUGGCCGCUUUUGGAAACCUCCUGGUGGUGAUUUCAAUCCUGCAUUUCAAGCAGCUGCACUCGCCAACCAAUUUUCUCAUCGCCUCUCUGGCCUGUGCUGACUUUCUGGUGGGGGUGACCGUCAUGCCCUUCAGCAUGGUCAGGUCUGUGGAGGGCUGCUGGUACUUUGGGCCGAGUUUCUGUACCUUCCACACGUGCUGUGAUGUGGCAUUUUGUUACUCUUCCCUCUUCCACCUGUGCUUCAUCUCCAUCGACAGGUACGUCGCUGUUACCGAGCCUCUGGUCUAUCCUACCAAGUUCACGGUGUCCGUGUCGGGGACAUGCAUCGGCAUCUCCUGGAUCCUGCCCCUUGUAUACAGUGGUGCCGUGUUCUACACAGGUGCUUAUGAUGAUGGGCUGGAGGAAUUAUCUCGUGCCGUCAACUGCGUAGGAGGUUGUCAGACCGUUGUAAAUCAAAACUGGGUGUUGAUAGAUUUUCUAUCCUUCUUUAUACCUACCCUCGUUAUGAUAAUUCUCUAUAGCAAUAUUUUUCUUGUGGCUAGACAACAGGCUAAAAAGAUUGAAGACACUGGGGGCAAAAUAGUAUUGUCAUCAGCUAGUUAUAAAUCCAGAGUGGCCAAGAGAGAGCGAAAAGCAGCAAAAACCCUGGGUAUCACUGUGGUAGCAUUUAUGAUUUCAUGGUUACCGUACAGUAUUGACUCAUUAAUUGAUGCUUAUAUGGGCUUCAUAACCCCUGCCUACAUUUAUGAGAUUUGCUGCUGGUGUGCUUAUUAUAAUUCAGCCAUGAACCCUUUGAUUUAUGCUUUAUUUUACCCGUGGUUCAGGAAGGCCUUAAAAAUUAUCAUGAGUGGUUGGGUUUUCGAGGACAGUUCAGCCACCAUGAAUUUGUUCUCUGAACAAAUGUAAGCAUUUGGACUGACGAAGUUCAAUCUUUACAAUUUCCAUAUGACACGAGUUGGUAAAAAUCAAGUAAGACUAUUAAUGAAGAGAAAACCAUUUACUCUUCAAAUUUAACAGGAUAAAUCAAUGCUUUCCAGUAUUAACGGUGCACUUCCUUGUCAUUUCUCAAAAAACAAUUUGCAUGACUGGUAAAUGUCAAAUCCCUAUUUGUUAACGGCUACAGAGC